CAAAUUUUGGUUUCCUUAGUCUAUGUAUUCCAGCUACAGUGAAAACAUCUCCUCCCCUUUGAUCUUCCUUUAACCAUGGUUAAAAUGGAUUCUGAGAAUAUCGCACAGGUGAUGGAGGAGACAACCCUCACCAGAAUCAGGUUGCUGCUAAACGAUCAGAAAGUGAAGCUUUGGGAACCACCUUACUACAACAAGGAUUUGAAUCAAGCAGACGAGAAACAGAUUCACGAAUUAGCUGGAGUUAUCAAACCGGAUCUAGAACUGCCAUUACCUCAUAUAUUCCAGGGUUUACUGAUGCUUCAACAAAAUGCCUUAGAAAAAUUAGCUGCAAGAAAUAGGUUUUCAGAGAGUGGAGUUUUGAACCUGAGAUUAAAGUUUGGACGAACCCUGAAAUCAAGAUUAAGAAACGUGGAGAUAAAUGCAGAGGAGAUGGGAACUGUCCUUGUCAACAAAAUAAGCACGAUGGUGGAUCGGAAUCCCGCCAUGUUGAAAUUAAUCUCUGGAGGGAAAGUUAUCCAAGAGAAUGUGUCCUUGAAGGAACAGGGUGUAAAAACAAGCAGUACUGUUAUGGUUCUCCUUAUAUCAUCAAGUCAAAGUGUCCAGAUGGUUGCUGAGCAGAGAAAACUGUUGGAACAAACUAAAGAAGAUGCUGGAAGGUUGGGGGAGAAGAAUGCUGUAAAGGAUGAUUAUUAUCUUCAGGUAGCUGACCAGUCUGGUCGAUCUCUACAGCUGCCAGCAGCGGAAAAGAAAGCUCUCAUUAUUGCCAUGUCCUUGCACGAGAAGGGCAGAGCAGCACUGCUCAGCGGAGACUAUUCAUUAGCUGUUGUGUUAUUACUGGAAGCUGAAUCAGAAUUCUCUAACUGUAGAAGUGAUCUUGUAGAACAGGUUGAUAAUUUUGCAAUCUUGAAUCUGGACAUAGCUUGGUGUUACCUUAUGCUGCAAUCUGUUAGUGAACUACCUAAUGCCUGUGAACGACUGGAUGCUUGUGAGCGUAUGUUUAAAGCCAGCUAUGGAACCAACCUAGAGCGCUUGCAGGCUAUCAAGGGUGCAACAGGUCAAGAGGCUGCUUUAAUUAUGCGUCUUCACUUACUUCAGGGAAUUGUUGCGUUUCAUCUUGGUAGACAACGUGAAGCUCGUCUUCUUCUGCAAAAAACACAGAUCGAAGCAGAAUUACUCGAUGUUAAUGAACAACUACUCGAGCAGGUUGUACAACUGGGAUAUUCUACUACAGAAGCUAGGUUAGGAUUACGAGCAUCUAAAGGGGAUUUAGAUGGAGCAGUGGAACAUAUUCAUAGAAGAAGAGAAGAGGGGGAAGAGAUACGACGGAAGGAGAAGGAGGAGAGAGAGUUGGAGAAGUUACGAAGUGAACUAGGAAAAUGUUCUGAUGGUUCGUGGAUCAAUGUGGGAUAUUAUAAAACCCUUCUCAACAUGGGAUUUACGGACAAGGUAUCUGCAGCUGCAUUGAGACAAUCUAACAACAGUUUAAACCUUGCAGUUCAGCUACUCCAAGAGGAACCUGAGCUUAUUCAUCUAGCUGCCAAGGAGGAUAAAGUAAAUGAUGAGGAUUUAGCUCGCCUUGUAUCCCUGGGAUACUCCCCGGAGAUGGCGAGUAUCGCCCUGGACAACGAGGGAGGGGUGGAGGAGGCGGCAGAGGCUCUAAUGGCGGGCGAGGGGAUCGUUACACCUCAGGAAGGAGAACGUAAAGGGAAAAGAAAGAGGAAGGAGGAGCAGGAGGAUAAGGAGGCGUAUGAGAGGAUCAAGGAGGGUGUAGCCAGAGGAGAAGAGGAUCAUCUUGAUAUUGAUCUCAAGUUAGAAAAGGAGUUCCUGGAAAAGUAUCUUGAGCUUGUAAAUCAACAAUCUAAAUCAUAAAAAAAACCAUAUAUCAAUCAAUCAAACUGGUGGAGAAUCAUAUCAGUGAUCAUAUAUAUAUAUACUAAUUAUGAUGAUUAAUGAUAGAUCAUCUAGAAUUGGAAAUUAUUGCCUUUAAAACAAAAAUUUGUAAAAUCAGACCCAAAUAUUAAUACAAAAUAAUUUUAAGUUGCUUGUUAAUGGACUAAAACUGAGGUGUUAUAUUUUUUCACUUUUAAACACAUUUAGAUGAAGUUCAAAUAAAUAAAUUAUACGUA